AUGGACGACGACGAAUGGUUAUCAAAUUCGGAAUUUGCAGCGGACGUUAAUCCAUCUUUAUCAAAUUCGAUGGAUUUAUCGAAGAUGAUGAUACUGGUAGAAGGAAAUGGAACAGCCUUGGCUAUUUAUCCAUAUAACCCAGAGCUGGAGGAUGAACUUAAGAAAGAGGGUCGAGAAGUAGAGGUGGUGAUGAACUUACUAUCUUCAAAUUUAUAUUAUGAGAGAUUAAUGGAGUUCGUGGAUGGGCACCAAGUUGGUAUGUGCGAAUAG